CCGUGUGCUGAGUGUCGCGGCUCGGCGCUGGCAGCCGACAGGAGCCUCCAUACUUUCAAAGCUUUCUGUGAGCUAAACCGGGUUUUAGUUUUUGAGUCAGUUCGACAGAGAAACCCGUGAAAAUCUCCGCCGGUGGUUUUUAGUUCUUGAUGAGCCGCGGCGCCGACCCGAAGGCGACAUCAUGCACCGUCUCAAGCAGCUAGUGGGCCGGUCCCCCGUCGUGCUGUGGCGGUCCGGGUCGCUGCCUCCCUGCGUGUCGCAGUCGGUCCGGCUGCAGACCCAGGGCCCGAUGGAGCAGUUCGGCCUGAAGCGCUUCAGCACCGCGGAGGCCACGGCGGAGACCCGGGACGCCGGCAAGCUGCGGGAGAAGAUCCUGACCAUGGAGACCCUGAACCCGCAUGUGAAGGCGGUGGAGUACGCGGUCAGAGGACCCAUCGUCAUCAAGGCCGGGGACAUCGAGAGGCGGCUGCAGCAGGGAGUGAAGCAGCCCUUCACUGAGGUCAUCAAAGCCAACAUCGGAGAUGCUCAUGCCAUGGGCCAGCAGCCAAUCACCUUCCUCCGUCAGGUGGUGGCUCUGUGUUGUUUCCCUGAGCUGCUGGACAGCCCCGCGUUUCCAGACGAUGCCAAACAGCGAGCUCAACGCAUCCUGCAGGGCUGCGGAGGACACAGCCUCGGCUCCUACAGUGCCAGCCAGGGGGUGGAGUGUAUCCGUCAGGACAUCGCCGCCUACAUCGAGCAGAGGGACCAGGGCAUCCCGGCCGACUGGAACAACAUCUACCUCACCACGGGAGCCAGCGACGGCAUCAUGAGCAUCCUGAAGCUGCUGGUGUCGGGUCAGGGCAGCUCCAGGACGGGCGUGAUGAUCCCCAUCCCGCAGUACCCGCUCUACUCGGCGGCCAUCUCUGAGCUGGAGGCGGUGCAGAUCAACUACUACCUGGACGAGGCCAACUGCUGGGCGCUGGACAUCGGAGAGCUGCGGCGGGCGUACCGGGCCGCCAAGCAGCACUGCCAGCCCCGAGUCCUCUGCAUCAUCAACCCCGGAAACCCCACCGGUCAGGUCCAGAGUAAGAAGUGCAUCGAGGAGGUGCUUCACUUCGCCUACGAGGAAAACCUCUUCGUCAUGUCUGAUGAGGUGUACCAGGACAACGUCUACUCCCCGGACUGCCAGUUCCACUCCUUCAAGAAGGUCCUGUACGAGAUGGGCCCCGAGUACUCCAGCAGCGUCGAGCUCGCCUCCUUCCACUCCACCUCCAAGGGCUACACCGGAGAGUGUGGUUUCCGCGGCGGCUACAUGGAGAUCCUGAACAUGGACCCCGAGGUGAAGGCCCAGCUGGUCAAGCUGCUGUCGGUCCGGCUCUGCCCCCCCGUCUCCGGACAGGCCGCCAUGGACGUCAUCGUCAACCCGCCCAGACGGCACGAGGCCUCCUACACACAGUUCACCAAGGAGAAAAACUCGGUGCUCGGCGCUCUGGCCGAGAAAGCCAAGAUGACGGAGCAGAUCCUGAACUCGGUGCCCGGGAUGAAGUGCAACCCGGUGCAGGGAGCCAUGUACGCCUUCCCCCAGAUCUUCAUCCCGCCCCGCGCCGUGCAGGAGGCCCAGGCUCUGUCCGUGGCUCCUGACAUGCUGUACUGCCUGAAGCUGCUGGAGGAAACGGGCAUCUGUGUGGUUCCAGGCAGCGGCUUCGGCCAGCAGGAGGGAACCUACCACUUCAGGAUGACGAUCCUGCCGAGUGCAGAGAAGCUGAAGGUCCUGCUGGAGAAGGUGAGGGAUUUCCACCUCAGGUUCCUGCAGGAGUAUUCGCCGCAGGAGGCGCCGGUCAGAAGAACCUCGCAGGAACACUCAGAGACCUAAACACGGCCGGGCGCCAAACAAACAAACAAACAAAAACAACAA